CCCCCGCACCAGCCCCGCCCCUCACCUCCCCGCGUCUUCAUUAAUUCUACGUUAAAACAUGCGACUGUUUUUACCAUUGACAGCACUAAGCAGCCGACUAAUGCGCGGUUUGUUGUUGUUGGUGUUAGGUCGAUGGAUGUAGAUGGUGGCGGCGGUGACGGUGGCGGUGGCCCGUUUGUCUUCCUCGCUAUAGAAAGCAAAUUAUACAUUUUUAGUUUUUUUUAUUAUUAAAACGUGUCCUUAAAUGAAUGGCUCCUUACACCCGGCCAGAGAUUUGUGAUUGUGCGGCGCCGUCUCCUCCGUCUCCUUCGUCCGUCAUGAGGCGGAAUCGAGUCCGCAAGUCCACGCGUCUUCUCGGACUGCGGCCGGUGACUCGGCGGGCCUGAGAACCCGCACGCACUACGAGAGAGCGGGCAGUGGACAGCGGUGAGGGGCGACCGAGAGAGAGGGGACCGCACCGCGAAAUCGGCCCUGACCUCCUCCCAGCUCGCCCUGCCCUGGGGGGCAGUGGCUGGGCAGUCCGUCUCUCCCUGCUCACUCACAACUCCUCAUCCUCCCGCUACGCAUUCCUUCGUUAAAACACCUCUCUGCUGUUACCACUAGUACUCUUACUGCUUUCAAAUGGAUCGGCCAACGAGCCCUCCUCCGGAUAAAUUUGGCACCGCCACCGAGACGGCCUCACCGUGUGGUGGCGGUGGUGGUGGCGGAGGAGACUCAGGCAGCGUGGAGCCUCCCGAAUCCAGUGAAAGGCUGGACGCUGACGGGCACGGCAGUGGUGAACCUGGACGCGACCCCGACUCGGGGGAGGCGGCCGGAUUUUCCAUCAGGGAUUCCACCCUCGGCAACGGUGGUGGUGGUGGCGGCGGCGGCGGCGGCGGCGGUGGCCUCCGGCUAAAGAUCCAGACCACCGCCAAACGUGCCAAGAAGCCGCCCAAGAGUCUGGAGAACUACAUCUGCCGGCCUGCCAUCAAGAUCACCAUCAAGCCCUCACCGGGGAGGUUGAUGGACAAGGGGGCUGCGCUGUCGGGGGCCACCGCCAUGCCCAAGGAUGCCACCGCGAUUGACGAAGCGGCUGCCAACAAGCGGAGGGGCCGCCCCAAAGUGUUCAAGCACUGCGAGCCAGAGCUGGAGGGAGCCCACGCAACGCAGGGGGAGCCGACGUUGGACGGCACCGGCGGCACCGGCGGCACCGGCGGCACCGGCAGCACCGGCUCCCCUGCCGGCGAGCCCUCGCGGGGGGCACGGAGAGAACCGCCGGGUUCCGCCGACCGUUGCUGGGGCCAGGACGACGCGCGUUUGGGGACCGACUGCCUCGGCGCGCUCGAUGGAGCCGCGGCGCAGAACUGUGCACCCCAGAUUCUGCCGCGGCCUGCGCUUGCCGGACGUGGACCGCGGGCAGCGACGUCAUCUUCCAGAGCGGCCGCGAGGGCCUCCGCGUGCACCGAAUUGAGCGGCAGUGGCGGCGAUCAAGCCGACCGCAGGAUCGCUGCCAAGAUGGAGGUGCCGGGCGAGGAAGGAGCAACUGGCGCAGAGGCCCGACCGAGGCCUGGCGAGGCCCGUGCUGUGGCGAGCCGCUUCCGGAAAAACAAAGUGGCGUACCUGUCAUCGGCGUCCGAAGAUAGCCAGGAGGAGGAGGAGGAGGAGACCGCGUCUUCCGGCGUCUCGCGUGCCGCCGUUACCGCCGCCGCCGCCGCCGCAUCGACAGACAAAGCGCGUAAACCCGGCGGCGCCCAGGCCCUGCCCACCGGCAAGCGGGACGUCCCGUCCGGGUGCCUUGGUGGCCCCGCAGAGGAGCGGUGCGGCGGGCUGCCGGCGAGGCCUGCCACGGCCGACUGUGCUGCGUCGGCGCUUCACCACACGGAGGACUUGGCCGCGGCGCUGCAGCCCACGCUGCAGAGUUGCGACAGCUGCAAUGACGGCGAGCCGCGCGUGCCGAGCCUACCGCCGGAGCUCCGGGAGCACCGCGGGUCGAGGCACGGCUCUCCCGAGCCUCCCCGGCUUGUGCGGGAGGGCUCCUUCGAGGACGGCAAAGUGGAGGUUUUGGCCGACGCGCCCGGCUGCGACGCGGGGCCUCGGCGGACUGGCGAUGUUUGCGCAAAGGCCGCGGCGAGGACGAAAAACGUGAAGAGGAAGGCGGCGCACAGCCACAGGCCGAGUUCCAUCAUCGGGGGCCAGAGCCGGGCCCCGAAGAUGCCGACGCUGCAGCCGGAGCUGGUGGUGCGCAGGAAGAAGGGGGGCGGGCGCCAGGCAAAAGAGAAGGCAGGGGCCGAGAGGCACGAGCUUGAUGCCGAGUCGUGGAUGGUGUAUCAGAGCCGCUCCAACAAGGGCGCCGGCCACCUCAAGAAGCUGAACAAGUUCGGGCUCCCGCUGAACAACACGGAGCAGAGGCCCGUGUCGCUCAUCGCGCAGGCUGCCGUGUCGCCCAAGUUCAAGGAGUUUGGGCACCGGCCAAUGCCGCCGCCUGGGAUAACGGGGCGGCCGCCGCUGUCCCUGUCGCCUCCGGCUCUGCCAAUGGGCGGCGGAUUCCUUAAGCGGCCCGUGAUGUUCGCCGCUCACGGCGCCGACGCCGCCGACUUGAACAAGCCCAAGAGGGGGCGGCCUCGGUCGAAACCCUCUCUGCAGAAGGACAAGCCGCUGAUGGCGCUCGUUCCGCCGCUCGCCGCCGCCAAACCAGCAGCGGCGGUGCCGCCCCCGAUAAAGCGCGCGAUGCUCGGCAUGUUCCACCAGCACGGCGGCGGAGGCGGCCUCGGCUCGCUGGUCUGCCUGGACGAGGGCAGGCGGGGGAGAGGCAGGCCGAGGAAAAUGGAGAUGGGCAUGGGUGGCGUCAUGCGUCCGUCGCCCAUGCUCUCCGCGGUUCGCGUGGGCGGCCAUCUCGGUACCGCCGUCUUUGGGCGCCAGGAGCUGAAGGAGGGCGGCGCAGCGGCCGGCAUCGACGGCGCCGGCGGCCUCGAGAUGGACGGCAAACGGUUUAAACGGUACAAGGAGGACAACGACGUCUCGCCCACAGACAUCGCGCACCACGCAGAGUUGCAGGCCAAGAAGGACCGGCCAAUGGUCGGCAAGGUACUGGACAAAAAAUUGAUCAAGAAGAUCAACAAGAUGAGGACACUGAAGCGAAAGAAGAUCCUGAAGCAGAUUCUGACGCCGGGAAACGCGAUAAGGGAAAAGCCUCAACCGAGGGUGGCUGGGCCCGUUUCCACCAUCGCAGCGGCGCUCGGCUCUCGGCUCAAGCAGCAGAUCAACGUGAGCAAGCGUGGCACGAUAUACAUUGGCAAGAAGAGAGGCCGCAAGCCAAAGGCCACGUCCGAUGGCUGCCCAGUCUCCAGUCGGGGCAACGCCCUCUUCGGCAGCGGCAGUGAUUACGGCGCCAGUUUCAACCCGCUGAGGAGCCAGCAGCAGCACCUGCAACAUCAGCAUCUGCAGCACCAGCAGCACCUGCAGCACCUUCAUCACCUGCAGCACCAGCAGCACCAGCAGCACCAGCAGCAGCAGCACCAACAGCACCGCGCCGGCGCACUGUCGCCGGCUGUGUCGCAUCCGGGGCCUUCCUCGACACCGCAGCCGUCGCCCGCGCGCACGCACUUCUCCAGCUUUAGCGGCAACCAGAGCCCACCGAGCAGCGACGCCGGCAGCUUUGUGGAGCCCACGCUGGCGCCGCCGCCCACUCCCCUGCAGCGCCGCUUCGUUCCCACCAAGGCGGCGCGCAAGUCCGUGCGGCCGCCGUCGCCGCCCAACUCUCCGUGCUGCCGCGCGCUCCCGGAUGCCGCGAUGAUCCUGAAGGAGGCGACGCCGUCUCCCGCCAGCGAGUCGCACAGCGACGAGACGGUGCCCAGCGACAGCGGCAUCGGCACCGACAACAACAGCACGUCGGACCGCGGCGAGAAGGCCUGCGAGGGGCUGCGGCGCCGGCGGCAGCAUUUCACGGGCGACGCGGCCUCGGCGGACGACAUCUCCGCUUCGGCUGUGGUGGCGGCCGCCGAGCAGCAGGCGCUGAAAGCGUGCGCUGGCAUUGCGGUGGCCGGCGCCGCUGGCGCCGGCGGCCCGGGUGUCAUGGGCACCGGGAAAGAGAAGAAGGCCCACCGGGGCAAGCGGCGGCACCGCGGCCUGAUGGGCGACCUGCUGCUGUACGAGAAGCUGAAGAAGCAGAAGCGCAAGCGCAAGAAGAAGUACCUGCAGAUGCACGCGGCGCGGCAGGACCCUGGGUACCUGUCGGCGCUGGAGGACGCCGUGCGUUGCCUGGCAGAGCUGCGCCUCACGCAGCGCGGGCCUCGCUACAUCCCGCGCGACGUGCUGCCCUCCAUCUUCCGUGUCAACUUCAGCCACUUUUACGCGCUGGCGCCGCCCUUCGCCUUCGACCCGUUGCACUACAUCAGGCGGGCGCCGCCCGACCCGCGCGCCCUGGGCAUGCGGCGGCGGGGGAGGCCCCCCAAGCCGCCCGACGGCUGCUCGCCAUCGCCCGACGUGGUGGCGCCGCCUCCGCCCUUCCUGCCUGGCGUGGGCUACCCGCUGGCGACGGGUCGCUACUUCGACUCGUUCGGCCUGCCUUACAUUUCGUCGCCGCCGCCCCCACCUCCGCCCGUCACGACGAGCAGCCUGAGCCUGGGCUACUACGGGCAGUACCCGCCGCCCCUCUACCCGCCGCCCCCCAUGCCGCCGCCGCCACCCGGGGCCCUGGCCAGUCGCCUGAGCCCGUUCGACUUCCGACUGGGGGCUCCGCUGGCACUGCUCAACGGCCCGCCGCCGCCGCUGCCACCGCCGCCGGCGUGCUUCCGCAGCAAGAGGGCACGGCUGGUGAGCGGGCGGCACGGGAGCAAGCUACGGCGGCGCGAGCGUGAGGCCUCCGAGCGCAGCUCUCCGGACACGUCGCCCGGUCCCCGCGCGCAGUUCCACGUGCAGGACGGGCGCUUCUCGGACGAUGAGGAGGAGGAUGAGGAGGAGGAGGAGGAGGAAGAAGAGGAGGAAGAGGAAGAAGAGGAAGAAGAGGAGGAGGAUGACGAGGAGGAGGAGGAGGAAGAAGAAGAGGAGGAGGAAGAAGAAGAAGAGGAGGAUGAGGGGAGGAGUGAGCAUCGUGGACGGGAGGGAAGGGUGAUGGCUGGGCGCUCGGCGUCUGUUUCUCGGUUGCAGCCAAGACCGUACGACGCGAUCAACGAGUCGAUUGACGCGUGCGUGCGGAGGUACUCGCAGCCCGGCUCCGCCAACGCCUUCCCGUGGCGGUCCCGUGACUGCGGCAGCGGUGGCGCCGGCUACCGCCGAGGCUCGCUCGACGAGAGGGCCCGGGGCCGCCCGCCUGCCGACAUGACAUCCCCAGCCUUCAUGGGCAUGGUCGGCCUGUCGGCGCGAGACCGUGACCGUGCCGGGCGGUGCUGGCCCCCAGGAGCCGGCCCGCUGGGCAGUGGAGCCCCGUCGAUGGCCAGUGGCCGCAGGAGGUCACUGUCGGACAGCUCCAGAGAAGCAGGCUCCGCUGCGGGCAUUGGCAGGUCCGGCAGCUGCUGCGGCGGCGGUGGUGGCGGAGGCGGCAACGCGGGCCGCAUGGCGGCGGCGGCGGCGGCGAGCUGGGGCGGCAACUGCUGCGGUGGCGGCGUCGUCGUCGUCGGCCGCACCAAGCGCAGCGAGGCGGAAGCCAUGCGGAGGCAGGCGAGGCGCGAUGGCCGCGCGGCUCUCGGCCUCGAGCGGCUGCAGGCCGCCAAGCGGGGCCUGGUGCACGUGGGCCGCAUCCUGCGCGCCAAGAAGCUGCAGCGCACCCUGCGCACGGGCAACAACGUGCCGUGCGAACGGCGGCCGGGCCGACCGCGCAAGGGCCCGCAGGGCGCCGCGGUGGGCGUGGGUACCGUAUGCCUGCCUGCUCCGCCGCCGUCGCUGCCACCGAACUUGACGCCGUUUGGGAAUCGUUGCGGUUCACUGAGCGUGGGAUCACACGGCGAGGCAGGGAGGGCGGUGGCCCCUGCGGAGGAGCCCUCCAAACCGCCGAGCGGUGCCUACACAGGGCGGCCGCUGCGUGUCUCCCGCACCCACAGGCCCGACCCCGUGAGCGACGCCAUCGAGUCGGUAGUGCAGAAUGGCCCCGAACGGCCGAGACCCGCUGUCCCAAGGCAGCGGCGACGGCGGAGGCCUCAAAGCCCGAGGAAGCGGCGCCAGUGGCGGGCGCGGGCCGCCGCUAGGGGCCAGCGACACCGCCCGGAGGAGUCGGAAGGGCGGCACAAGCGGCCCGAAUCCCAACAGGAGCCGCAGGACGGGCCGGAGUUACCGGAGGUGGGGGGGCGGCCCCAGUGGCCGAAGGGGGCCGAGGGGCGGCCGCCCCGGCCCGAAGCGCCGGAGGGGCGGACAGAGCGAACGGACGCGAUGGACGAGCGAACCGGGCGGCCGGACGCCAAGGAAGGGAGGUCGAAACGGCCAGACUCAGCGGACGGGCGGCUGCGCUGGCCUGAAGUGGCAGAGAGGCGGCCAGCGCGGCCAGAUCGGCCCACACGGCCAGAUCGGCCCGUGCGUCCAGAUCGGCCCGCACCCACGGAGGGGCGCUUCAGACGGACAGAGGCUGCCCUGUUGGGCCUGCAUGAGGAAGUUACUGGUAGCCGCCGGCAGCGACAACAGCAGCGACAGCAGGAGCAGCAGCAGCAACAACAGCAGCAGCAACAACAGCAGCAACAGCAGCAGCAACAACAGCAGCAGCAACAGCAGCAGCAACAGCAGCAGCAGCAGAACAGGAGUCAGAAGCGGAGGCGGGCAGCCUCUGAGACGCCGUGCGACGGCGACCAAGAGCAGAGGAGCAAGAAGGCGACGCUGGAAAGGUCGGGUGUGGAGGAGUCCAGCUGCAGCCAGACCGCCAGCACAGAGGCAGAGGGCACCCAGAACCGAACCCCGUGCCCCGCGGCCUCGUCUCCCUCGACGACCACCGUAGCACCAGCGCCCCCCGCCCAGUCCCAGGAUGAGCAGCGGGCGGCGCCGGAGGCCCCAGGUGACCAGAGGGAGGAGCACAACGAGGGCGAGUUGCCGCCGCCGCCACCAGCGGCGGCAUUGAUCGCCCCGACGGCAGAAGCAGCACAAGCCCCAGCUCCAGCCAAGGAGAAGAAGCCUCAUCGACCGCCCAAGAAAAAACAUCAGAAGGCCGGGCUCUACUCCGAUACCUACAAGGACCCCAACGUCAAAAGCCGGCUGAGCUUAUCCAAGAAGGAGAAGCUGGAGUACGUUCCUGGAGAGCACGACCACAGCCUCCUGCCAGCGCCCAUCCACGUUGGGAAAUAUCUCCGCCAGAAGAGGAUUGACUUCCAGCUCUCAUACGACAUCCUGUGGCAGUGGAAACACAAUCAGCUCUACAAGAAGCCGGAUGUCCCACUCUACAAGAGGAUUCGCUCCAAUGUGCACGUGGACGUGAAGCCCCUGUCGGGCUGCGAGCCGACGACGUGCAACUGCAAGAUGCCCGAGGCCGAGGUCGGAGCCAUCCGCUCGCGCAACGGCUGCGUCGAAGACUGCCUCAACAGGAUGAUCUUCGCCGAGUGCUCUCAGGGCACGUGCCCGACCAGGGACCAGUGCAGCAACCAGCGCAUCCAGCGGCACGAGUGGGUGCAGUGCCUCGAACGCUUCCGCACUCACGGCAAGGGCUGGGGCAUCCGCACCAAGGAGAGCCUCCGUGAGGGCCAGUUCAUCAUCGAGUACCUGGGGGAGGUGGUCACGGAGAACACCUUCCGGAACCGCAUGAUUGAGCAAUACCAGAACCACAGUGACCACUAUUGCCUGAACCUCGACAGCGGCAUGGUCAUCGACAGCUACCGCAUGGGCAACGAGGCGCGCUUCGUGAACCACAGCUGCCAGCCCAACUGCGAGAUGCAGAAGUGGUCCGUGAACGGCGUGUACAAGAUCGGCCUGUUCGCUCUGACCGAUAUUCCGGCCGCCACGGAGCUCACAUACGACUACAACUUCCACGCCUUCAACCUGGAGAAGCAGCAAACGUGCAACUGCGGCUCGGAGGUUUGCCGCGGCAUCAUCGGUGGACGCAGCCAACGCCUCAACGGCGCGCUGGGUCGAGCUCCCGGUCGCGGCGACGGCGCCGGUGGAGGAGGUGGUGGCAGCGGCAACGGUGGCGGCGGGGGCGGCGGAGGUGGCGGCGGUGGCACCAAGAAGCACAGCAGCCGCCCCAAGCAGCGGCGCAAGUCGAAGCACCGUCUCAAGAAGCGCAGGGGACAGGCAUCCGAGGAGCCCACCCCGGCUGCAGCGAUGCCUUCCAAGCCACCCCACCCCAUCCACAUGAAGCCCAUGUCGCACAGGGAGAGAAACUUUGUGCUCAAGCACGGCGUGUUCCUCGUACGCAACUGGGAACGGAUCUACCGGAGGCGCGAGGAGCACGGCGGCCCGGCCGGGAAGGACGCGACGCCGGCCGGGGCGGCGGCCGCGGCGGCGUACUCGCGCUGGAACGGCAGCCUGGCCCGCGACGACGGCAACAUCAAGUCUGACGUGUUCAUGACGCAGUUCUCAGCGCUGCAGACGGCACGCUCGGUGCGCACGCGCCGGCUGGCGGCGGCGGAGGAGAACGCGGAGGUGGCUCGCACGGCGCGGCUCGCCCAGGUCUUCAAGGACAUCUGCACGGUGGUCACCACGCUCAAGGACCCAAGUGGACACACCCUGGCUACCCCGCUGCUCAGCCUGCCCCCCAGGAAGAAGAACCCGGACUACUACGAGAAGGUGAAGGACCCCCUGGACCUGGUUCGUGUGGAGCGCCAGAUCUUGACGGGGCACUACCGCACCGCCGAGGCGUUCGACACCGACGUGCUCAAGGUGUUCCGCAACGCCGAGAAGUACCACGGGCGCAAGUCGAACGUGGGCCGCGCCGUGUGCCGCCUGCGCAAGGCCUACUACAGCGCCCGCAGCGACGCCUCAGCUCAGCUCGAGGAGAUCGCCGGCGAGACCGCGAGCGAGGCGGACGGCAGCGAGAUCUCGGGCGGCGGCACCGGCACCAACGGCGGCGCCGGAUCCGGGGCAGACCGCCACGACGGGGGCAGCGCCGGCGGAGACAAGGACGGCGGCGCCAACGACGACGUCAUCCGCUGCAUCUGCGGCCUCUUCCGCGACGAGGGGCUCAUGAUCCAGUGCGACAAGUGCUUGGUGUGGCAGCACUGCGACUGCAUGGAGGUGACGGAGGACGUGGAGCACUAUCUGUGCGAGCUGUGCGAGCCACGCCACGUCGAGCGGGAGGUGCCCAUGGUGCCGCAGCCGUCGUACGCCCAGAACGGAAGCUCCUACUACAUCUGCCUCCUCCGUGACGACCUCUUGCUCAAGCAGGGCGACUGCGUGUACCUGAUGAGGGACAACUCCCAACAGCGGCGCGGCGCCGACGGGCAGCCUGUGCGGCAGUCGUACCGGCUGCUGUCGCACGUGAGCCCUGACAAGCUCGACAUCUUCCGCGUAGAGAAGCUCUGGAAGAACGAGAAGGGCGAGCGCUUUGCGUUCGGGCACCACUACUUCCGGCCGCACGAGACGCACCACGCGCCGUCGCGCCGCUUCUACCACAACGAGCUCUUCCGCGUGCCCCUCUACGAGAUCAUCCCCCUCGAGGCCGUUGUCGGCAUCUGCCAAGUCAUGGACCUCUACACCUUCUGCAAGGGACGGCCCAAGGGCGUGAAGGAGCAGGACGUGUACAUCUGCGACUACCGGCUGGACAAGUCGGCUCACCUCUUCUACAAGAUCCACAAGAACCACUGGCCCACGUGCACCAAGGCCUACGCCUUCGACCACUUUGAGAAGCGGCUCGCGCCCAAGCGGGACUUCACGCCUCACCACGUUCCAGAGAACUACAAGCGGAAUGGCGGGAGCGGCGGCGGCGGCAGCAGCAGCGGCAGCCGGUCGCCUUCGUGGAAGUCCGACAAGAGUCGCUCGCGCAGGAAGAAGCCGAUGCUCGGAGCGCCGUCCUCUAGACACGUGGACGACGCGUCGUCACCACCGGCAACGGCACUACCAGCACCGCCACCGUCACCGCCACCAGCACUGCCUGUGGCAACGUUAUCGGAGGAGCACAAAAAAGCCGAGUCGGUUUGCCACGGCGAGACCAAGGCGGAGCAGAACAGCAGCAGCAACGGCGGCGGCAGCAUCGGCAAAAGCGAUGAUGGCGACGGCAAAGAAAGGAUCGACGGUGCCAGCGCUGUCAUCCAGGGCAGCUGUAGCAGGGGCAGCAGGAGCAGUAGCCGGGCGCGGCGACAGCAGCAGCAAGAGAGGGAGCGAGCGGCGAUGUCGGAGGUCUGCUCGGAGGACAGGUCGGGGGACAGGCCAGAGCAGCCGCCCUCCACGGAGCAGCCCCCCACGGAGCAGCCCCCCACGGAGCAUCCCCCCACGGAGCAGCCCCCCACGGAGGGGGAGCGCCGGCAGCGGCAGAAGGAUCGUCUCAACAACUUCCUCCUGUCACUUCUGGCGAAAUGUCCCAGCAGGAACGCCAUCGACGUGACGUACCUGCUGGAGGAGGGCCCCGGGCGGAAGCUGCGCAAGCGCUCGUCGCUCUCCUGCGAAGCGUUCGUGCUCAAGUAGCGGCGAGCGCGACGAGCUCCGGUCACCGUCUCCGUGGCACCCGCGUGCCGAGCAGCGGGACCCAAGCCGCCGCCCCCCCCCCCCCCGCUUCCUCACGGUGGUCGUGGGCGCCGCCGCCACGCCGCCGCCGCUUUCCGACGGUUUUCUUCCAACGUCGACGGCGGGCGCGGUGGGUGGGGGAGUGGGGGGGGGGACCUUGAGUUUAGGGGCAUUUCGACGGCACGCGGAGACGAGAUCAACCGCGACGACGAACCAACGACGAGGGUGCGCAGGCUGCUCCGAGAUGAACGGACACGCACGGGCAGACGGCCCACGUUGAUUCAACUGCCGAUGCUGGCGGGGG